CCCUCAACCUCUAUUUCUCUUCUCCGCCAAAACCAUUUCAGCAGCCAAACCCAAAGCACAAAAUUUCUUCACUCUCCCUCUCUCUCUCUCUCUCACUACACUCAUAACACCUUCUACAUUCAAUAAGAGAUAUACAUACAAAGCUCGUCGUAUCCACAAUUUGGAUUCAGUCUGAGAUGCACAAGAGUGAUGCAGAAGCUUUUGCGCAGAACGCCCGUUGCUGCCCCAAUUUCAUUCGGCAAUAACAACACUCCUAUCUCUCUACCCGUCUCCGCCUCCAGCUUUCUCUCUCUACGGUUCACCGGCGCCGCCAGGAAAAUGUCGUGUCUCGGCCAGCCGACAAAUCCGUUUUCGUCUGCAGCGGUGCGUGGCCUCAAAUUGACGAAAUUGCGCCCCUGCAGCUGCGCCAUCAACAACAGCAGCACCAAUGCGGCGCCGCUGAGGGAGUGGGUGGUAUUGAAGGAGAGCAGUAGGCAUAGUGGAUUGGGAGGCGGGUCCCACAGGGCGGCGUGGUUCGCAACCCUAGCCGGGAAUCCGAGUAAGGGCGGCGAAUUCGCGCUUUCGGAGGAGAAGCGCUUACAAAGGAGGAAGAAUGGGGGCAGUGGCGCGGUGGUUCCGGGGAGCCCUGAUUUGCUCACUAUUCCCGGAGUCGGUCCAAGGAAUUCGAGGAAGCUUGUGGAAAAAGGGUUUGAGGGUGUAGCGCAGCUCAAACAGCUAUAUAAAGAUAAGUUUUUUGGUAAAUCUAGUGAGAAGAUGGUGGAGUUCUUACAGAGUUCGGUUGGGAUCAUACACAAGAACCAUGCUGAGAGCAUAACUAUAUUUAUCAAGGAGAGUGUGGAUGAAGAGCUCAAGGAAAGUAUUAAGCCUAGUCAAAAGAAUCGGAUCACUUUAUGUGUUGAAGGAAAUAUCAGCGUGGGAAAGACUACAUUCUUGCAGAGAAUAGCUAAUGAAACCCUUGAACUUAGAGAUCUUGUGGAGAUUGUUCCCGAACCAGUUGACAAGUGGCAGAAUGUUGGUCCCGACCACUUCAACAUAUUAGAUGCCUUUUAUGCUGAACCAGAGAGAUAUGCGUAUACUUUCCAGAACUACGUGUUUGUAACAAGAGUUAUGCAAGAGAGAGAAUCAUGUGGCGGUAUGAAGCCCCUUAGGCUUAUGGAACGGAGUGUCUUCAGUGACAGAAUGGUCUUUGUGAGAGCUGUUCAUGAGGCAAAGUGGAUGAAUGAGAUGGAAAUUAGCAUUUACGAUUCAUGGUUUGAUCCUGUCGUUUCAAGUUUGCCCGGACUCAUACCUGAUGGAUUCAUCUACCUAAGAGCAAGCCCUGAUACUUGCCACAAGCGCAUGAUGCUCCGUAAGAGAGCAGAAGAAGGCGGAGUCUCUCUGGACUACCUGAGGGAUUUGCAUGAGAAGCAUGAAAGCUGGCUUUUCCCCUUUGACAGUGGCAACCAUGGAGUUCUAUCAGUGAGUCAACUUCCCAAGAACGAUGAUUGGUCUUUACAUCCCCACAUCAAAGACCGUGUCUUUUAUUUGCACGGUGAUCAUAUGCAUUCGAGCAUCCAAAAGGUUCCUGCUUUGGUUCUCGACUGUGAACCAGACAUCGAUUUCAGCAGAGACAUAGAAGCUAAGCAUGAAUAUGCUCGCCAAGUUGCUGAGUUCUUCGAGUUUGUCAAGAAAAAGAAAGAAGUUUCCGAUUCAGUCAUAGGACAAGACACACGAACGAGCAACCAACCUUCGGUGCUGUUGCCCCACAAUGGAAAUCUCUGGAUGCGCGGACAGCAGCCUUUCCCAGGCUCAGCUGUUGAUUUUAGGAAAGCUAUGUCGUUUAUGCCUAAGUAGAAAGUGACUGUUUUAGUUUUAUCCUCAUGUAAAAAGAAUAGAUGUCUAGUAAAUCUGUUAGCUAACAGCUCUCUAGAGAUUGUUGAGAGUUGUGAUUUUGUGGAUUGUAGGUUGCUUUCUUUUUAGGAAGCUGACUUUUGGAAUUUGAGGAAUGUAUCUCUCAAUCCUUUGUUCCCACUUCCCUUUUUUGGGGUGAAGUUUGAUGUUCUCUCCGUUAGUUAAGUGGUAUGUACCCUUGGGUUAUAUAAGCUGUAUUUCGAAUUUUGAAAUUAUUAGUACUAAUUCAUAAAA